CUGGUUCGCGCUGCCCCUGAGCUGCUCUCAGACGGCUCAGCGCAGCGCAGUGCAGGGUCCCCGCGCUCUUGCCCUGCUGCCCCGACGUCGCCGGUCCUCCUCCCCCGGGGCUGAUCAUUAACCCAGAGGCCGUAUAAGGAACAAGUGGCAUCGGCGGGCGGGAAGGACGCGUCGCCGCCGCCAUGGACAGUAGCACCUUGAGCCCCGGGAUCCCCACCACCGCCGCGCCCCUCGCGCCCCACGAGCGCAUCCGCAAUGCGGCCGACAUCUCCGUCAUCGUCAUCUACUUCUUGGUGGUGAUGGCCGUCGGGUUAUGGGCGAUGUUUUCCACUAAUCGUGGGACUGUUGGCGGUUUCUUCCUGGCAGGCCGAAGUAUGGUGUGGUGGCCGAUUGGGGCCUCUCUUUUUGCCAGUAACAUUGGAAGUGGCCACUUCGUGGGGCUGGCUGGGACAGGAGCAGCUGCAGGCAUCGCCACUGGAGGCUUUGAAUUUAACGCCCUUGUUUUCGUGGUUGUGCUGGGCUGGUUGUUUGUCCCCAUUUACAUUAAGGCUGGGGUGGUGACAAUGCCAGAGUACCUGCGGAAGCGGUUUGGAGGCAAGCGGAUCCAGGUGUACCUCUCUGUUCUGUCGGUGUUGCUCUACAUUUUCACCAAGAUCUCGGCAGAUAUCUUCUCUGGGGCCAUAUUCAUCAAUCUAGCCUUGGGCCUGAAUCUAUACCUGGCCAUCUUUAUCUUAUUAGCCAUCACUGCCCUUUAUACAAUCACAGGGGGCCUGGCGGCUGUGAUCUACACGGACACCUUGCAGACGGCGAUCAUGCUGGUGGGCUCUAUCAUCCUGACUGGGUUUGCUUUUCAUGAAGUGGGAGGGUACGAUGCCUUCAUGGAAAAGUACAUGAAAGCCAUUCCAACUGUAAUUUCUGAUGGAAACUUCACUGCUGAUGAAAAAUGCUACACCCCGAGGGCCGACUCCUUCCACAUCUUCCGAGAUCCCAUCGAGGGAGACCUUCCAUGGCCUGGGCUCAUCUUCGGGAUGUCCAUCCUUGCCCUGUGGUACUGGUGCACAGAUCAGGUUAUUGUGCAACGCUGCCUCUCAGCCAAGAACAUGUCUCACGUGAAGGCCGGCUGCACCCUGUGUGGAUACCUGAAGCUGAUGCCCAUGUUCCUCAUGGUGAUGACAGGGAUGGUCAGCCGCAUCCUGUACACAGAAAAAAUUGCCUGUGUCGUCCCCUCAGAAUGUGAGAGAUACUGUGGCACGAAGGUUGGCUGUACCAACAUUGCCUAUCCAACUCUGGUGGUGGAGCUCAUGCCCAGUGGACUGCGAGGCCUGAUGCUGUCGGUAAUGAUGGCCUCUCUCAUGAGUUCCCUGACCUCCAUCUUCAACAGCGCCAGCACCCUCUUCACCAUGGACAUCUACACCAAGGUCCGGAAGGGAGCGUCUGAGAGAGAGCUCAUGAUUGCAGGAAGGUUGUUCAUCUUGGUGCUGAUUGGGAUCAGUAUCGCCUGGGUCCCCAUUGUGCAGUCAGCCCAAAGUGGGCAGCUCUUUGACUACAUCCAGUCCAUCACCAGUUACUUGGGACCACCCAUCGCGGCUGUCUUCCUGCUUGCUAUUUUCUGCAAGAGAGUCAAUGAGCCCGGAGCCUUUUGGGGACUGAUACUAGGUUUCCUGAUUGGGAUUUCCCGAAUGAUUACCGAGUUUGCUUAUGGAACUGGGAGCUGCAUGGAGCCUAGUAACUGUCCCACAAUUAUCUGUGGGGUUCACUACCUGUACUUUGCCAUCAUCCUCUUUGUCAUUACUCUCUUCACCGUCCUGAUUGUCUCGUUCUUAACCAAGCCCAUUCCAGAUGUGCAUCUCUACCGAUUGUGCUGGAGCCUGCGUAACAGCACAGAGGAGCGUAUUGACCUGGAUGCAGGAGAGGAAUACGUCCAAGAAACACCAAAGGAGGACCUCGAAAUAGAAGUUCCUGAAAAGAAAAAAGGAUGCUUCAGGCGGGCCUAUGACCUGUUCUGUGGACUAGACCAGCAGAAAGGACCCAAGAUGACCAAGGAAGAGGAGGAAGCCAUGAAGAUGGCGAUGACAGACACCUCUGAGAAGCCUUUGUGGAGGAUGGUCGUGAACAUCAAUGGCAUUAUCUUGCUGGCUGUGGCUGUCUUCUGCCAUGCAUAUUUUGCCUGAGUCCUGCCUGCUGCUGCAGACACACCAAAGCUGGAACCUUUGCUCGAUUUCCCUUUGGUCCCAUUCUGCGGUGUUGAAGGGAGACCAGUCAGUUGUAAAAUUUACCCAGUCAUAUAAAUGUAUAUAUGUGUAAUUAUAGGCCGGCCGGAGAAGAAUCAUUAAUUUGCUGUUAACUUAUGUAUUUGAAGCCAGUGUGUUACCAUCCUCUGUAUACAUGGGAGCUGCAGGAGGGAAGUCCACUUAGUCAUAUCUAGAAAAAGCCAGAGUAAGAGACAGAAGCCCUGUGAUGUCUGGUGCUAGUGUGUCAGGUAGAUUCAGCUAGUCAACGUUUAAAGUCUCUGAAUAUUUUAAGAGUUCUGGUCUCCCUGGUUCCUGCCAUUUUCCCUCUUUGACCACCUCCUCCUCACUUGAAAAAAGAAAACAAUUCCCCCUUCCUCCCUUAUCACAUCCCUCUCAUGUAUUUCCUCAAACCAGAAAGCAUAAUCUGAUAAACCAAUGAAUGCAUUGAAGGAGAGGACUGGAACUUGAUGGGGUCCCUGUCACAAAUAUUUUCUCCUUGAAGUGGCAGCCUGGGGAAGGUAGUACUUACCUGAAAGGAAGAGACCCAAGCAUCAGUCUCAGAGUGGCAAGGGAAACAGAUAAUCUUGGGUUUAGGGGACUUUCUGGUCCUUUUAUUUUUUUUUGUAAUGUCUAUUGAGUUUCCUGUGUUUGGGAUUUCACCCCUUUUGUCAUUCACUGUUCCUGAAAUGUCUUAACUACCCAGCAACGUGUGUUGCUAAAUGAAUGAUAUAGACAUUUAUUUAUAACUGUUUGCUUUGUUUUUCUGUAAGGCUGGCGGUUGUUCAGUUUUUGUUGUGGUUGUACAAAGCACACCCUCUGGUGAUGCUAACGCAUUUGCCAGGGGCCACUUUGCCUCAUUUGCUUAUAUUGACACAUGGGCUUAGAGGAUGGCACUGCCUCUAGUGAUAGAGCAAAGGGCCCUGCUGGUGUUAUCCAUCAUCUCAAAGCAGCCGUACCCUCCUGGAAGACACUGAAAUGAUUGAUCUUAGCUCCUCUUCCCCGUUUUUAGGCAUCUCGAUCGAUGAUCAUCUGGUGAUCAUCGAUUGAUUGUUCCGGGUGAUAGUGGCCAACACUGCUAGCUCCGAGGAGUGUAUUUCUUGUUAAAAUGUCUCCUAGUGUGUAAUUCUUUCCUUUACAUUGAAAUUUAACUAAUUACUUCUUUUAGCUCUACAGGGGAAAUCUCAAUGGCCUUGCAAUAUAGUACCACUGAAGUUUAGGGAAAGUCAGCCUGUUGGUAUUGAUUGAUUUCAGGAAAGCUUGGAAAAUAAUGGAGAAUUGUUCCUGCGUAGAAAACUGGUUUGACAGGUAAAGGGACGGCCUAUUCUUAUAGAAGGAGGGAGACCCAGAGAGCAGUAUUUGAAGAGCUUCUUGUUCUCCUUUAAGCUAGGCAGAGUAGUGAGAAAAGUGGAGUGUUCCCGAUGGCUAGUACUACUCAGAGGAUGCAGUCUUGUGUGCAGUGCGUGGUACAUUUUGUGCUUUGAGAGGAAAAGAUAAAAUGCCAGUGGAUGAAGUAGGCAGUGUAAGUAUCUGGUUGUCCUGGAUUUUGGUUCCCAACAUUGCCCGCGAUUUACUGUGUAUAUUGUGGUAAAUUAAUUUUGUCUCAACGGUGUAUUUUUCUCUUUGAAAAAUGAGGACCUUGGUGCUUAUAGCAUCUUCCUACCUCUUGUGGUUGUGACGAGGACAUUUUGAAAAGGAGACAGAGAAAUACGUGAAAGGUGCCAUAUUAAGCUGCAAUAUAGUUCCGUAAAUUAAAAUGUAUUACUUUGAUAACAAUAAAAAUGUUUUAAAAUGCUAACAUCUAGAGAGUCUA